UACCCGAUAAAAAUUAAACGUAAUUAAUACUUUAUCAAAUGAAUUUAUUUCUAUGUGGGAGUUAAAAUUGAUUAUGGAUUUGACAAAAUAGCAAAAUAGGAUAUCCUUAUUUAUGGAGUAACCGUGUUAAUUAAUAAACAUUUAAUCUUUCGAUGAAUAGAUGAAAAAAAAAAACUUUAUAAAAAAACGUCAAAAUUAAUGAGAUGCAAGUAAGUGAUGUCAGCCGGGAAACAAUAAAUCAGUUUGACAAUUUGAGAAAGAUUCAAAAAGAUUCGUUUACAUGUGCGGUAUUUAUAACCACUGCUUAAUCUGCGGUGUAUUUCUACAUAUCAAUCCAAUCAAUGUUAUGUACUCAUCAACUAAUUGAGAUAAUGCUCAUUAAUCGCGAAAUAAGAAGAUAAUAUUUGAUAAUUGGCGAGCAAUUAUUCGAAUACUUUCUCGCAAAAGUCUAAUUCGACUUCGUUCCAAUUGUAACGAGUCAGAGUUGGCGCACGGUGUAUCUCACCUCAAUCGAUUUCGAAGUUGCUCGAAAUUUUUUUUUUUCAUUUAUUACAAAAUGCAGUGCGAUUUGAAAAAGUUGGCCAGCGAAAAAAUGCACGAGAAGGUGCGAACCAAUUUUGUGGAGUUCGACGGCGUCUUUUUACCCGAGGAGUACGAAAAGAUAGCCGCGGAUGUGGACGCGUUCGAGGUGCACGAUAGCGACGUUUGGGUCUGUAGUUUUCAAAAGUCAGGAACCACAUGGACCCAAGAAAUGGUUUGGUGCAUCGCCAACAACUUGGAUUUCGAAAAAGCUAAGAUACCCAUCAGUGAAAGAUUCCCCUAUCUCGAAUUUUCCGGAGUCGUCGCUUCAGCUCGAAUGGCCAUAAACUUUCCCGACGAAAAUCUGAGCCUGCCGAAAUACGUGACUCACAGUAUCGAGUGCUGCAACGAACUACCCCAUCCCAGAUUCAUCAAGAGUCACAAUCCACUGAAUCUUCUCCCGAAGGACAUAAGGGACGAUGUGAAAAAGCCGAAAAUCAUUUACGUCGCUCGAAACCCAAAGGACGUGUGCGUCUCGUUUUAUCAUCAUUCGAAAUUGUUCGAUGGUUUCUUCGGCACUUUCGAUGAGUUUUGCCAAUUGUUUUUGGGAGACGCGGUUACUUAUGCUCCAUACUGGAACCAUGUUCGACAAUUCUGGAACAAAAGACACGACGAGAAUGUUCUCUUCAUCACGUACGAAGAAAUGAAGAAGGAUAUCGUAUCUGUUAUCAAAAAAACAGCCGACUUCUUGAACAAAAAUCUGAACGACGAGGAAAUUGAGAGACUCGCCAAGCAUCUGAGCUUCGAGAGUAUGAAGAAUAAUCCAGCGGUGAACAGAGAGUUCAACAUCAAAUGGAUAAAGAGCAACAACGUGUACGGAGAGUCCAAGGUCGAUGGCGAAUUUAUAAGGAGCGGCUCGGUGGGUCAAUGGAAAGAAACGAUGAGCGAAGAGAUGAUCGAGAAAUUCGACGCCUGGACGGUUGAAAAUUUGAAACAGUGCGAGGGAUUGAAGUUUUAAAUAAUACUCAUCUCGUGAUUGGAUGAAAUUAAAAACUUGAAGGGGAAAAAUUAUUGUAAUUGAGGAAAAUUUUUGAAUUGCAUUAAUCUGGAGAUUCGUAUGAUAAGAAACUUGAACACUGUCAAAUUGUUUCAUUAUUUGGACGAGAGAAUGAAACAGCCACCGAGACGAUUCCAGUGAAUUCAGGCGUAAAACUA